GAUAUCGAACUCGACCGGAUCUACCGGCAGCAACGUGCUUCGUUAGAGCGCCGGAGGAACCGGGAACGCUUGGCAAGUGCCACACAGCCAGGAUUCUGGACCACGCUCUUCACCUCGUGCGCCAUUGUGACCCUCGUUUUCUGCAUGAUGUUAACUGCUGCUGUUGCCCUGUUCUAUUGGAGGCCCGAUCUGCGCGAGCACCGUCUCGUCCGCGGCAUCAUCCGUCGGUUAAACCGUCUAGAGGACCGCUUCAUCAACUGGCUCGCCGAACGUGGUCUGUGGUUCACCAACAACACACGGCGUCCACGACCUCGUGUGAGCUCUGCAGAAAUCCAGAAGCUGCAGAAGGAGACCUUCGAUCCUCGGCGCAACGAACGGUGA